AGAUGGAGUACAUGAGCCGCCUGAACAUCGCAGAGAGGAUUACUACAUCUCUUCAGCAGCAACAGACCGAGGAAAUAAAAGCACAAUAGAUUAACCUUUUUUUUCUUUUUCUUUUUUACCAACAAGCUGUGGAUUACAAAUUGGAUAUUGGAGUACGUGUGUUCACUGUGCUUUGCAGGAAGUUUCGACUUAAUGAGACCUCGGACAUUGCUGGGAUUUACCUCAAGGUCUUGAGCUUUCAGCAGGAAGUGAAAGGCAAGCCACGGAGCGACCCACCCCUCUCCAUCUUACCUACAGCCAAAUAUGACGAGUACUCAACUGAAGCCUUCACUUGAAAGAUUGCUCCAUGUGCAAUGCGAUCUGGAUGUCCAUACAGUCAAGGAGGGGCCUAUCCUGUGUUCCAACACCAGAGUAACGUUUGUUUGCUUACAUCGCCUCAGAACAACAAUGUUUCACCUGUACAAGUGGUUUACCCAGCAAAUGGAGCACAAUACAACAUGGGAGCCACUCCAUAUCUUGGGGAAUUCAGCGUGGCUCAUAGUCUAACUCAGUGGCAGCAAGGCAAUGCACAAUCACAACAAAAUUUCCAGGGACUCCAAAAACUGGACUCUGUAUGUGCUAAUGAGAACUGUGUGAGACAAUCUGCACAUAACAGUGGACAACAAAGACGUUGGAACAUGCAAAAAGAGUCAAAUUUGAACAAUUACACAGGACUGAAGCAUAGACAAAAUCUAAAUUUUGCCUUCUCAGUUGAUGCCACUUCUGCAGCACUUUGGGAAAAUGGCCUUGGAAUUGCAGCACAGACAUGUCAUUCAUUGACUCAGUGUUCUUCUCUGCCCGGGAGCAAAAAGCAGAGAACUUGCCCACUGUUGUCUUCAUUACUAACAGUAAAACCUCCGGAUUACAAAGAGUUUGUGACCACUCCUCCUUCUUUGUCAGGCAAAACUAAUGCCAAGAUUGAACUGAAUACUAGCACUCAUUUUUCAGGUGACUUGGAUUGUCCAGGAGGAACUAAUUCCUCCCCCGGCCAGCAGCAGGCCUCCUCCCCUUCUCCCAGCAGUCAGUUAUACCCAGAGAACGUCUUGCCAUUUGGAGAAAUGUUGCCACCUACAGAUGAUGACAUACAGGCAUUUAUUUUAAGAAGUGUUGUAGAUUUUACAACUCAGACUAACCGAAAUAACGGACAUGCACAUUCUUACGCCACAUGCCUGUCUGGCUGCAUGCCAAAGACCAACAGUAAAAUCCAUCACUCAAAAACCACUGUCUGUGACAAAGAUGAUAUGGAUAUGCAAAUUCUCAACUGCGCUGCAAGUGUAAUGCCUUCUUUAGAUGCUUGUCCAGCUGCACUGGGGCACUGGUCAAAGGGCAGCAGAGCAAAUACUGAGUUUAUUCCAAGGUCUAAAGAGAGGAGGGAUUGUGCUACAUCUGCAUCAAAGAAACAUUCAACAGAAUAUCCACAAAUUAUUGGGAAAGUUGCUGCCUCUUGCACAAAGAAUGAAGAUGAGAGUCCAGUAGUAAUCAUCGCAGUGCCUUCAUUGACCUUGGAUGAACUCACUGAGAAGCACCCCAGUUCAUCACUCCACUGCAGCUCAUCGCAGGAACAACAUAAGUCUCUUGGGGAUAAUAUUAACAAGAAUUUGGAUGACACAGAACAGAUGCCUGGUGUUUCUUGGGCUCUCAAGCACCUGAAAUACAGGGAUAAAGGAGCUACAGGCCUGAAACCAGUUGAUGCAGUUUGGUUGGACAAUGUGCAAGGUGUGACUGAUGUCUUGGAAGAUCUUAAAACUAAGUCAAGUUCAGUGCCAUCUGAAAACAGAAUAUCUGAACCCACAUCAUUUACUGAAAAUCAAGAGAAAAAAAAUCACAUUGCACAUUGCAAGCCAAAUUCACCAAAUGUUAUUCAGAUUCACAAUGUUAUAUCAAUUACUACUAAUCAAAUUGAUCAGCUGUGCAACCAAACAAGCUAUGAAGUUGUGAGGGAGGAUCUGUGUUCUGUGUAUCCACAAACUGAUGUAAGAAAAGCACUUUCUGAAAAGAACGUGAAAGAGAAGUCCUCUCUAUCUGAAAGAGAGAGUACGGAAGGAAGCUAUGUGCGAUUUCUCAAAGAUCCCCAAUAUGAAGACAUUUCGGAUAAUGAAGACCUGCCUCAGCUAGAUACAAAGCUCCCGGUCCCAGAGCUUGGGGAUUUUAGUGUCUCAAUACGUUUUGAAGACCUGCAGUAUGAAGAUAUAAGUGAAGAUGAAAAUUCACAGACUGGUAAUAUGACUCCGGAGAGGCCUUUGCUUACUCAAGCGCCUGAAUCAGAGAAACAUGUACAUGUGCCAUGUCAAGUUUUGGAAGAUGAAGAUGAGACUGAUGAUGAGAUGAGUGAUGACUGGAUUGUCAUCCCUAUAGAGGUAUCUGGCCUUAGGUUUGAACCAGAAGACGAAUACUGCAAAAGCCAAGAAAAAGUGGUGCCAGUUGAUGGUGCAAGCGGAGACAAAACACAGCUUGACACGGGUCCAACACACUGUGACUCUAAUCGGCCAGCUCCACCUUUAUCAUCCCAGAUCGAGGUGUUUGACACACGUGAGAGCUUUCUAAAAGCUCAAGGUGUACAAUUUCCCAGUAUAUGUGAGGUGGCAUUAGGCUGCCACUCAACAGAAUAUGAUGUGGAUGCUUUGGAUGAACCACAGAACAAGAGAGAUUCGAGCUCUGACGCUGAAGAAAGCUCUCAAACUGAUGACAGUUACGAUUACUCAUCUGGAUCAGAACUCAACUUUAUGACACCUUCCAGGAAGUCAUGGAACAAGGGAUUAGCGGCAGAUGAAAAUAAGGUUGACGAUGAUAAAGUAGAGCAAAGGCUUGAACGAAUGAUUCCAGCCGAAGCUGCCUCCAAGCCUGUUCAGCAAAAUACUAAUGAACAAAAGACUUCAAAAAUCACAACAAUAAUCAUUGAUUCUGACACAGGGGAUGAAAGUGAUCAAAACUACAGGAAAAAGGCAGAAAGCAAAGGAUGGUUCUCAGAUUCAGACGGCGAUGAACAUUCCCAUUAUAGUCAACAAAAGAGACAUUCACCUGGAACUGUGGGCAGCGGGUCUGGAACUGUUAAAAAGAAGUUUAGGAAAAAACGACUGCACUGUACAGAAAAGAAUGGACAGCUGAUUAAAACCAAAGGUGCCUCUGAUCAUGUCCAACAUAAUGUACAAAAGAAUUCAACAGAUGAAAGAUAUGAUAUUGUAAUCCUUGACUCUGACAGUGAUGGUAACCAAAACUGUAAUGAGUUCAAUGGGAGGAGAUUGUUCUCUUCAGGGUCAGCAGAAAGUUAUGAUGCCCCAUGUGUUCAACAACGGACACAUUCAGCCGAAACAGUGGAUGGCAAAACUGCCAAAGAAAAGGUCAGAGAAGCCCAACCAUCUUCUGCAGGUUCAUCACUGGCACAGCACAAAUCUAAACUUUGCUAUUCACACAUUAAAAAAGCGACACAGGAUGCACACUCGGAUAUGUCACAUGGUACAGAAAAGAAUAGACAGCUGGUUGAAGCUGAAAGUGACUCUGGGCAUGUUCAACAGAAGACCAAACAACCAAGGAUACCAGAACAAAGAGGAACUACAGAGAAAAGACUAUCAUCACGAUCUGAAGAAAAUGAUGAUACCUUAUUUGCUAUAAAAAGCAGACAUUCAGCUGAAACUGUGGACAGUCUUCAUCAAACUACAAACAAAAAACCUAAAACAACAAGACUGUCAUCAGAAGAAGUUCAGAAGAAGCUACCCCAGUCUGUAGAGGAGGAGGAGGACUCCACUUUGAUUCUUAAUCCUUUGAUUCCUCGCUUUGUUAAUCAGCAGUCUUCUCAACCCACUGAAUGCUUGAAACUGUUAAAAUGUAAAAUCCAGGUCCCAAAGACCCCCACAGAAACCAGCAGGAAAACUGCAGGAACUGCACUGAACUCAUACAGAAAUAAGAGAGUAAGAUUUGAAAAACUUUCGAAUGAUGGAAACCAUUCGACAAAGAAUAUGGUUCAGGCUAUCGUUGAGCAAUCCGAACGUUCAUUCUCUAGCCAGGAGAGCUCAGCUCCUUCCAGUAGCUCAUCAAAUCACGAUUCCUUCAGGGAUGCUAGACCAGGACGUAGUCACUAUGACAGGGCACCCAGACAGAGGCACAACUCUCAGAGAGUCUCCGACCCCACUGAAACUAGGCGAGAAGGGGAGAGGUGCUGAACCCCUCCAGGACCCCAUCUGAGAAGGAAAAGCUGCCAGAAAUUCACACCCUUGGACAAAUGAUUGAUGAACGAAAGCAGCAGUUAAUGUUGGUUGUAGCUGCAUUUGUGAAUGGUACAAUGACUGAACACAUAUACCUAUACUGUAAAUAAUAUUUUUUAUUUUAAUUAUUAACUGUGGGUAUGCAAGCAUAUGAUAUCAGCUGUUUGGUCGAUGUCACCUUUUUAAUUUUUAUGUUUUGGUGUCAAAUAAAAAUAAAUACCCCUUAUUUUUACAAGCUACCUCAAAA